CACACGCCCGCAUCGCCACCACCACGCGCACGCGCACGCGCACACGCACAGGGCCACCAAUCUUCCAGCCCGCGUCCUCCGAGCUAGACGGGAUCGUCAUGGCCGCGGCGGGCAAGGCCAAGGAGGCGGACGCGGCGCGGUGCAGGAGGCACCCGAGCCACCGGCACGCGGCCGGCGUCUGCCCCUUCUGCCUCAGCGACCGCCUCUCGCGCCUCUCCGCCGCCGCAGGGGCCGCCGACGCCGCCUCCGAGCCGUCGUCGGCGUCCUCGUCCGGGGCGGCGAGCGUCGCGUCGGCCCAGACGGCGCCGCCCUGCCGCGAGGCGCGCCGGGCGAGGCUGGGGAUGCUGAUGCGUCAGGAGGAGCCGGAGGCGACCGGCCAUCACGGCAAGCAGGAGGCGGCGGCGGCGGAGGAGGGGGAGAAGAAGAAGCCGGCGAAGAGGGGCAACUUCUGGACUCGGCUGCAGCAGGCGAGCUGGUACAGGAGGGACGGCUGCUCGGUGGCGUCCGUGAAGAAGGGCGCCGCCGCGCCGCCGCACAAGCGGGCGGCGUCGCUGUUCUGAAGCUCCGGCGAGCGGGAGGCCGCGCGGUCAGUCGGUUGAGCGGCAUUGGUCCGGUUGGUUGGUUGGUUGGUUGGUUCCUGGGUCGUGCCUGCGCUGUUCCAAAGCGGAGCCUACGUGGCUGGAUGGAUCACCUGCUCGUCUAAUCUGGCGUCUUUCUCGCUGUUUCUUUCGGGUUUGCGCCCUGUUGGGUUUGGUGCGCGGUUGUUGGAAGAGUACUAGUCUUGGUGGAUGGAAUGAAGGACAGCCUAAUGGCUUGUCCAUUUUUGUACAGUACAGAUCAUCGAUCUCCAAUGAAAGAGCUUGCGCUCGACUCGAUCGCGUUGUUUGUUUGUU